CAAUCGUUAAGGGCAGGAGGUUCAACACGAGAUGUGUUCCGUCUACACUGGUUCAACAUACGGUAAACAGUAACAGAAAGGGAGAGUGAUUGCGAUUUGAUUAGAGAAUGAGUGAUAAUCCGUGAAUAUCUUCUCAUUCAAAGCUGUUCCUCCGGAGGAUUUUUCAUUUUAUACCUAGACGUAAGUAAAAUAAAUGAUCUGCUCCGAAAAUGGAAGGAUCACUGAGCAAAUGGACGAACGUCAUGAAAGGAUGGCAAUAUAGGUGGUUUGUCCUGGAUGAUAAUGCUGGACUCUUAUCUUAUUACACGUCAAGAGAGAAAAUGAUGAGAGGAGUUAGAAGGGGAUGUGUCAGAUUAAAAGGAGCAGUGAUUGGCAUAGACGAUGAAGACGAUAGUACUUUUACCAUAACGGUCGACUCUAAAACUUUCCACUUUCAAGCUCGAGAUGGCGAUGAAAGAGAAAAAUGGGUUCGGUGUUUAGAAGAUACAAUACUUAGGCAUGCUUAUGGAUUUAAGAGUUCAAGUUCAUUUCGUCUUGAUGCCUAUAAAAAUAUGUUAACAUUACAGGACUUCGACAAGAAAUUAGCAGAAUCUGAUUCGUAUCUGCAGAUGGUCAUUGAUCACACAAAGGCUGUAGAAACUAAAAUGUCAACUUUAACUGACCCUGAUCUCAGAAAUCGAUGUGAAAUAAUUUGUCAACAUGCAAAUAGCAUGUUGGAACAAAUGAAACAUACAAUUGUUCUUCUUCAAAUAGCAAAGAAUACAGCUCAUCCUGUUAAUGGGACUUACCAACCGAUGCCAUUAACAGACUCUGACAAUACAAAAUCUAUUGAUGGCGUUCCUUCAGCAUACAUCCCUUAUAACAAUUCAGUCGAAGUUGGUAUCGAGAUUGGCUCAGAAUGUGAAGAUACUCAACAUUCUCGAAUGCUCCCUACGGCCUUUGGAGGUGCCAAAACUCCAUCAUACAUUCUUGAAGAUCUGCCAGUUGUUCUGCCAUCAUCACUAUCAACUCCACGAGUAGCAGUCUCUGAAAAAGAUAUUAUUCAAAGUCGUGUCCCUCGUUUUUUUUUUAAUUUUGUGUCUCAUGGAAACCUUCCUUUACCAGUGGUAGUACCAGAAACCUCUUAUUCCAGCUCAGAAGAGGAAGAUUUCUUCGAUGCAUAUGAUAGUAGUGAAUCUUCAGCUGGAAAUCCUGCUGCAAGCAAGGAUGAUCAAGUAGGAGAGGAGUUUGAAGAAGAACCCUGCCCUCUUCCGAGCACACAGGCAGAAAAUGGGGAAUCUUCUCAUGCCUCAUCUUCACGCACAGCGGCUCCAGCUACUCGUAAUUUCAUUAAACCAGAUGGCACGAUUGAUUAUGAUUUGCUGUACGAGCCAUCAUCAGAAGACACCACAAACAUAUCUAUGGAGUCACAAGGUUCAGUAGUGACACAUCUCCUUUCCCAGGUUAAAAUAGGGAUGGAUUUAACAAAAGUUGUUCUACCGACUUUCAUUUUAGAGACUAGGUCUCUUUUAGAAAUGUACGCAGACUACUUUGCACAUCCUGAUAUGUUCAUUAGAAUUGCAGACCUAGAAACAGAAAAAGACAGAAUGGUUCAAGUAGUAUUAUGGUACUUGUGUUCAUACCAUGCUGGAAGGAAGAGUAGUGUUGCAAAAAAGCCUUACAAUCCAAUUUUGGGCGAAUUCUUUCAGUGUCACUGGAAUUUAGAGGAUUAUGAGGCGGACCCCAAUGCACAAUUAAUUGAAGAUGGUCCUGUCCCCUGGUGUAAUGGAAACCAACUGACAUUUAUUGCAGAACAAGUUUCUCACCAUCCGCCAAUUUCGGCUUUUUAUGCAGAGCAUUACAAUAAAAGAAUAUCUUUUAACGCACAUGUAUGGACCAAAUCCAAAUUUCUGGGCCUUUCUAUAGGUGUUCACAACAUUGGUAGUGGAGUAAUAAAUGUUAUCGAUUAUGACGAAAAGUACACAGUUACAUUUCCCAAUGGAUAUGGAAGGUCCAUUUUGACAGUGCCAUGGAUAGAAUUAGGUGGUGUAGUGAAUAUAGCUUGCGAGAAAACUGGUUACAAAGCUGUUGUCGAAUUCAUUACUAAACCAUUUUAUGGCGGUAAAAAGCAUAGAAUAACUGGAGAAAUAUUUGCCCCGAAUGAGAAAAAACCUUUCGUCACCAUUACUGGAGAAUGGAAUGGUGUAAUGGAAGCCAAAUGGUCUGAUGGUCGAUGUGAACCCUUUGCGGAUGUUCAUAAAUUGACAAUAAUAAACAAAACUGUCCGUCCCAUCGAAUUUCAAGAUGAGAAUGAAUCAAGAAGAUUAUGGAAAGAAGUGACAGCUGGAUUAAGGAUGAACAAUGUUGCCCAGGCAUCAAACGCAAAAUGUAAUUUGGAACAAAAACAAAGAUUAGAGGCUCAACAAAGAAAAACUCUCGGGCUAGCUUGGGAAACCAAGCUAUUUCAGCCUGGUGAUGAAGAUAACUGGGUUUUUAUGAAGCCAUUGGCUGACAGACUGAAAGCAAAUGUCCGAUAAUACCUCCUCUGCAAUUAUUAACAACAAGUGGAAGGAAAUAAAGAAGCUUGGGACAGAGUCAGUUAAUACAAACCACCUCAAAUCAACACAAUUCUCCUCUAUCCCAUGUGAAUUGAAAAUAAACUGUCAAAGCGGAAAGGAAAAGUAAUGUCAGUUAAAUUUCUGCAAGGUACAAUUCGCGUUGUAUUUUUAGAAAAGCUUCUUGGAGUCUUGUGGAAUCAUGUAAACCAAUUCAUUCCAAUGAAAUACAUAACAUAUUUUGAAAUUCCA